AUGGGAGAUCCUCCCUGGACACCCAGGUCGAGGCAAGCUUCUGCGGGCCUCUCGGACGGUGCUGUCUUGAUGCUCGGCGGACUGGGAAACGAGGGCCCGAUCCAGGAGGUUUGGCAGUGGACACCCAGUCCGACCAACAUCUUGGAAGGCGCCUGGAGCCGGACGGAGAAGCUCCCACCAUGGAACGGUCGCUUUGAUGCUGCUGCGAUCCAGCAAGUCACGGCCGAAUCCGAGCAGGUGGUGUUAAUGGGCGGCAACGACAACCAGAACCGAGGGGACGUAUGGCGCUGGUUGCGCAGUCCGGCAAUAAUCGAGCUGCAGUUGGACGAGAGCGAAGAAACGGGAAGUCAAGCAAGGGAAUGUGUGUCACAUUAUGGUCGCAGGUUGUCAGGCACUCAGUCGACUGUAUGA